UCACAGAAAUAACAACAUCAUGCAAGGUCAGCAAUUCACAACUUCCCAAUAGCAAGAAACUCUGCUGGAAGACGACAAGAGGCUGAGCAACCAUUUAAAUCCAGCUAUCUACCAGUGUGUGACAGAGAGUGCAAGAUGAGCAAUUCAUUGGACAGAAGAAGAUCUUCAUCAUCAUUUCUAAACCCUACAACUCCUAAAAGAUAUCACAACAGUGACUCUACAAACUCAGCUACUGAUGUAGCCCGUCAUAGAAGAGUGGAGGAUGAGAGUGAUAUUGAGAAACAAUACGUUAUCGGGGAUAUCCUGGGAACAGGGGCAUUUGGUGUUGUGAAGGAAAUCACUAACAGACUCACACAGCAGAAGUUUGCUAUGAAGAUCGUCAAUAAAGAUAAACCUGGAAGCCACUCGAUACAGUUACUGGAGAGAGAGGUGGAGGUAUUAAAGAGGGUCAAUCAUCCUCACAUUAUUCAGUUGGAGGAAGUUUUUGAGACUGCAAAGAAAAUGUAUCUGAUUAUGGAGCUAUGCAAAGGUGGUGAGCUUUCUGAUGAGCUACGCAGAAAAACUUAUUUCAGGGAAGAGGAAACCAAAGUGAUCAUGGGAAGGCUCACAGAGGCCGUGGUCUAUAUGCAUGACAAUGAUAUGGUGCACCGAGACUUGAAACUGGAGAAUAUCUUGUUAAGUACAGCUGAUUCCAGUGAUAACUUCAACAUCAAGGUAACUGACUUCGGGCUGGCUCACAUGAAGGGGCUUCCUGGCUGUGAUGACCUCAUGCACAUGCGCUGUGGCACCCUCUACUAUAUGGCACCGGAGGUAUUCAACGGGCACGACUACACAAAGAUGUGUGACGUGUGGAGUCUAGGGGUCAUCAUGUACAUACUGUUGUGUGGGCGUGUGCCUUUCAAGGGAGAGACUUCUGCUAAACUGGAGGAGGUCAUUGUACAAGGCCAGCUCACCUUUCAGGAGAUAGAGUGGAUCAAUGUUAGUCAAGUUGCCAAGGAUCUGGUCAAGUCGAUGCUGUGUGUGGAUACCAGUGAGAGAUGCACAGCAAGAAAGGUGUUGGACGACCCUUGGUUCACGGGUAAAAAAGAACGAAAGGUGAAGAAUGCCCUGGACCUUAUGAGAACUUUGGACUCUGAGAGUGCAGCCGUCUAUAGAGAGCUCGCAGCCCUAGAAGAAGUAAGUACCUCUGCAGAAUCAGACAAGGUCAAGUCGGAAUCAUGUGAACACAAUCGCAAAGAGUUGGCAUCCCCGAGCUCAAAGAUGCUGAAGCCACCACCUGCAACUUCAUCAAGCAGCUCCAAACGUCGAUCAAACAGUGUGUCUGUAGUCUCACCUAAAGGGUCCAAGGGUAGCCUCAGAAACAGCUCAACUAGUAGCAUUCAUCUUCCCCAUGAAAGAUUGCCUCCAUUGAGUGGUGGUCAAAGUGGCAGUUUGAGCAAGCCUCGAGAUCGAGCAGGAACUUCUUCGUCAAGGUCUAGUGGUGCCUCGCCAAGCAAAAGACCGACCAGUGGAAGCACUCAUAGACAUUCCUCAGUAUCUAAGACAUAGCAGCAGCCUCAUUGAUUUAUUCGUGUGUGUAUAUUAGUCGAUAUUCGAUAUUCACAUUGUACCAUAAUUUUUAAUGCAACAACUUAAUUAUAGUCAA